AUGAAUAAGGUUACUAACCAGAAGAAAAUGCAAGAAGCUUGUAGCCCAAGAAAUGAUGAUGUGUUUCCUAGUUGGGAAGACAAGUGGAGUCUAAAACAUGAAGAGGGUCUAAUGAAGGCUACAUUGAAUUGUGAGGAUAAGCCAGGAUUGAUGUCAACAAUAGCAAAGGCAAUGGGGUCAGUGGAAGCCAAGGUUGUAAAGGCUGAGAUGGUGAAUGUUGGAGGAAGAACUAGGGUUGUGUUGUGGGUCAAAGAUUCCAAUGGUGAUCUUAAAGUUGAAGAGAUUCUCAAGAGGACACUCAGUACUCUCAUGCAAAGGCCAGUCCCUAAAAAGAGGCGUUUUACUCAAUAA